AUGAUGGAACCCGGCGAUGAGGAGCUGCGCCGGAUCCAAGAGCAGUUUGCCAUGCUAGAUUUCAAUGGCUCCGGGAAGAUCGAAAGGGAGGAGUUGGUAGAGUUGCUGAGCUUCCUUGGGCUGGACCCGAAGGGGGAACAGAUGGACACGCUCUGGACUGUCUUGGACACGGAUGAGGAUGGGCUUAUCAGCUUCCAGGAAUUUCUGGACUUUGUCUUUAGCACGGGCGAUGUAUCCUUCUUCACACCGUCAGAGCUAGAGAUGGUGCGGGACUUCUCGGAGAAGCGGAGGUUAAGCCUGACUCGAGAGACUCGUGUGCCGGAGGUUUCUACACCUGAUGGGCCCGACGAGGAAAUCGCGCAGCUCAAGAAGCGUGUAGACGAGCUGGAGGCCGAGGCACGGAAACGCGAGAAGGCCGCCCGCCCAUGA